AUAUUAAAAGCCCAGGAAAGAGUGUAAAAAAAAAGUAAAUCAACAAUAAGAAAAAAACAAGAAUUUUAAGGUGUGCGUGUGCUUGUACAUAUGUAAGCUGCUAAAAACUUCCAGACGUUUAAUUAUCAAUGCCGUAAUACUCAUUUAUACUGAAAUUUAUGCAUUUUUCAACGCGGAUUCAACGAUAGCUUUGUUUUUAUAAAAAUCGUAGACUAAAGAGUAAAUAAUGUUUAAUUUUAUGAAAAAAGGCGUAGCUGUAGCCAGCGGAGCAGGAAGUGAUCGGGAAAAGGCCGAACGCGAGGAAAAAGAGAAACGUAAAAGAGAAAAGAAGCUGCGUAAAGAGGCUAAAAAUGCUACCGGUGUACCAGGAAGUAUGAGUACCGAAGAGCUACUGCGACUCGACGAGGUAAGACGUUCCUUGAAGAUCCGUGGUAGACGCAAAGAAAAGGAGAAACUUCCAAGUGGUAUAACAGCCGAUUAUAGCGCAGAGUUUUUCGCCGCUUUAAACGCUGACAACGGUAGUAGCGUUGAAUUGGAUCGUGGCAAUGAGGAAAUUGUUGCAUCUGUAACCACUACCAUUGAAAGUCGUCAUAAUGGUGGUGGCUCGACUGUACAUUCCAUUUCCGAAACUAUGUCCCCCCAUAGCAAUGCCAGUGGUGAUAACCUAAAGAACCGUUUCAUGUCCUCUGUUCCACCAAAACCUCCGAAACGUGGUAUACUCAAAGGAUCUCGCAGCAAUGCUAGUAAUAUUCAUGAGGAAGUUGUCGUAACUUCCCCUGAGGCCCAAAUACUUGUUAUACGUAACACAAUGCAAAAUGAGCUCUUAUUUGAUGGCAAUCGUAGUAUGUGUGGGGCCGGAUCUAUAGGUUCCAAUUCCAGUCAACAUUGUACAUCUUUUACUUCGGUGGAGAGUUUACGUAGCGAUGAAGGCGGUAUACAACGAGCUAUGACUUUGCCCACCAGUGCUCGUUAUACCUCACAUGUACCGCACAGUAAUCUUCGGGUUAUGACGUCACCUUCUCCCAGUGCAGAUAGUCUUACAGAUACAACAAAUUCCUCAUUUGCCACACCACCGUUCUCCCUUAGUCCCGUCGGCGAAUCUCAAGGUAUAGAACGUUGGUCUAGGGUGCAGUCGUUCGAUGACAUAGACCUUCCCUUACCUCUCAUACGCCUGGUCAAAUUACCACCGCCUCGCCAAUUAACUAUACGAAGACAAAAGUCUCCACGCCAAGAUUUUGGCUUUAGUUUGCGCAAGGCCAUUUGCUUAGAUCGUACGGAAUCAUUGACGGCGCCUGCGUUUAAGCCGGUCAUAUUUGCUGAGCCAGGUGCUGGCGGUGGUUCAACAGGUCUUUUACCUGGUGAUCGCCUACUGAAAGUAAACGGUACAUCAGUUAAUGAAUUAUCUCGUGAAGUAAUCAUAGAAAUGAUACGUAAUAGCGAAGACUCAGUAACCGUUGAGGUGCAACCUGUGCCUGAGUUAGUGGAACUAAGCCGACGUUGUAUGCCUCAGGGUACUGAUGAAAAUCAUGAUCGAUCCAAUUUAAACGCGACCAAUUGUAAUACUUUAAAACGCAGUGCUAGUAAAAGAUUAAAGUGUCACAAUGCAAAUGAGUUACAACAAGAGCAGCAUGCGCAAGAGGGCAGCGUUAAUAAAUACGCAGCUGCUAACGACGGCAACGUAAACGAUCGUGUGUGGCUAGUACAUCGUGGCGGUUUUUGCGCUGCUCUACGCUUGCCGCAAACCAAAGCCCACUUGGAAAACCAUAAGGUGGUCAUUCAACUGUUGCAUAAUAGCGAAGAAAUGACCGUAGAUGAGGACGAUGUGGAAAAAAUGAAUUCGCCCUCGCUGGAUUUGAUUGAAGAUAUUUGUGAACUAAAGCAUUUAAACGAGGCGUCGUUGCUGCAUUGUUUGCGCCAACGUUAUGCUAGCAAUUUGAUAUACACCAAAGCUGGACCCAUAUUACUUGUAGUCAAUCCAAUGGCUCCUUUAUCGUUAUACUCUGAAAAGGUUGUUUCCAUGUUUCGUGGUUGUAAGACGGAGGACAUGCCUCCGCAUAUUUAUUCGCUUGCCCAAACCGCCUACAGGACAAUGUUAGAAACGAGACGAGAUCAAAGUCUUGUAUUUAUGGGACGUUCCGGUUCUGGCAAAACAACCAGCUUCAAACAUGCACUCUAUUACUUGGCGUUGGCAGCUGGUUAUUAUAAUAAUUUUUUAAAUGCGGAGAAAGUCAACUCAGUUAAUGCAAUUCUGGAAGCUUUUGGUAACACUAAGACCUGUCUAAAUUCGAAUGCGACACGUUUAACCCAAUUGUUAAGCUUGGAUUUUGAUCAAACUGGACAAAUAGCUUCUGCAUCGAUUCAAGUACUUUUGCCAGAACGACAACGUGCUGGACGACGUUUGCCUAAUGAGCGUAGUUUUCACAUAAUGACACGUCUAUUGGCUGGCGCUUGUGGUUCUUUACAGAAAGAAUUGCAUUUAGAAAGUAUACCAUCAGAAGACAAUCACCCGUUUGUUUCAUUACCACAGAAACUCGAAGAUCGGCAACGAUCGGCCGCUGAAUUUGUGCGUACUGUUCAGGCGUUCGAAACGUUAAACAUAAAUCCCAGAGCUGUACGUGGAAUAUGGAGUAUAUUGGCUUCCAUUUACCACUUGGGCUUGGCUGGAGUCACAAUAGUUGGUUCGGGCCCUACUGCGCGUACUCAAUUUGCGAAUCCGUCAGCAGCCAGAAGGGCGGCCGCCUUGCUUGGCGUUUCAUUAGAGGAUUUAUCGGGGGCAGCUUUUAAUGUAAACGCAUCAGGCAGUUCAAGUCCCUCAAAGACUUUAAGCGAUAUUCCCGAUUUGGCCUGGGAGUGUUUGGAAGCUUUAGUUAUUGGCUUAUAUUCAGAAGCUUUGGCUGCCGCAAUAGCUCUAAUUAAUAAAGCUAUUUGCACAUCUGCCCAUACAAUAGCUUCCAUCAUUCUAAUAGAUACACCAGGUUUUCAAAAUCCUGCCAGUUGUGGUUCACAAACCGGUGCCACUCUGUCCGAUUUGAAACACAAUUAUUUACAAGAAAGAUUGCAGCUUCUGUUCCAUCACAACACAUUAGUAGCGCCUAGAGAUCGUUACGCUCAAGAACUGGUAGAAAUCGAAACCGAGGGUAUGUCUGAUACAAAUCCUGGGCCUUUGGUAUCACUCAUAGACAAGGCACCGCAAAACCAUGUAGUCCGCUCUUCUCAGAGGGAUUUGCGGGAACAAGAUCGUCGUGGGUUGCUGUGGCUACUCGAUGAGGAAUCUAUAUAUCCCAAUUCUAACGAUGACACAUUCCUUGAACGUCUUUUUUCUCACUACGGGGAUCGAGAACACCAGACGUUGUUGCGAAAAUGCAACGGAUCAAAGCAAUUUGUGUUACAGCAUUUGCAAGGCACAAAUCCAGUUUUAUAUAUGGUUAAUGGAUGGGUCCGUAAUAGUCGUGAACAUCCAGCCAUACGCAAUGCGGGUUCGUUAUUGCAAGACAGCUCUCGAGAUGAAAUUAGUCGCCUUUAUAUUGGUUCUCUAACUCGUAGCAGUGGUGGGAUAGUUUUUUGUGGCUCUUUUGCUGGCCUAGAAGGUACACAUUCUCUGCGGCGUGUUUCCAGUAUACGUCGAUCUUUUACCUCAGCUGGUGUAAAAAGAAAUUCCAUCAUGCUGCAAGUAAAAUUCACUGUCGAUGGGAUCAUUGACACUUUGAGACGCACCGGCACGCAUUUCGUGCACUGUUAUUUGCUGCAACAUAAUGCUGGUCAGCAGCCUGCAUUUUCGGCUAGUGGUUCGCCUAACACAUCGGUUCUACAAACUUCCAGUGAGGAAUUAGUUAAUAUCCCGCUUCUUAGAAGUCAGUUACGUGGUUCUCAAGUGUUAGAGGCAGCACGUUUGCAUCGUUUUGGUUAUCCUGAAUCUGUGCCCUUGAAUGAAUUUGAACGACGGUUCGGUCUGCUGGCUGGUGAAUCUUAUAAAGAUGUUACCGUGGAACAAAUUUUAUCUGUCAACGAGUUGGAUCCGGCUACUUACCGUAUUGGACCGAGUCAAAUCCUAUUCCGUACUGGUAUCUUAAGUGAAUUGGAGGCAAAACGGGAUGAAUUACUUUCGGAUCGCAUAAUACAAUUGCAAGCGUUUUGUCGCGGUUAUUUAGCACGCAAGUCAAUGUCCCAAAGAAGAGUCCAGGAAUUGGCAGUGCGCUGCAUACAACGUAAUGUCAAAGCUUUUAUGACUGUUAGGGAUUGGCCAUGGUGGCGUCUGUUGGUGCGCGUAACGCCGCUACUUAAUGUCCACCGCACCGAAGAGCAAUUGAAAGCAGCCAACGAAGAAUUAAAUGCCUUACGAGCUAAAUUAGAAAAAAUCGAAAACGAUCGCAACGAACUCAAGACUGAAAAUCAAAAACUAGAAUCUAAGUUAUCUGAAAUGGCCGUUGAUUUGGCGGAGGAACGCUCAACGGCCAAUAUGGCUACCGAGCGCCUUGAAGCCGAAACUGUGGAACGUCUACGUUUAGAGAAAGAGUUGACGGAACAGCAAGCCAAAGUGAAAAGUUUGCAAGAAUCGACAGAAAAAUUAGAAAUGGAGUUGAUAUGCGCACGGUCAGAUUUAAAUGGUAUCUCUGAAGAUGAAGAUGCUGAUAAUGACGACGGUAACGUUGGCGGUGCUGGCGUCGGAGUUUAUAAAUUAAAAUACGAACAUGUGGCUCGUGAACUAGAAUUUACUAAAAGGCGUUUACAAACGCAACACGAACACGAUUUAGAGCAACUAGUUGGUUUAAAAAAACAAUUGGAAAAAAAGCUUGCCGAUGCUUACGAAGAAGUUGAAGAACAGCGUCAAAUUGUCGGUCAAUGGAAACGUAAAGCUCAGAAAAUGACAAAUGAAAUGAGCGACUUACGUAUGCUGCUAGAAGAACAAAAUGCUCGCAACAAUCUAUUAGAAAAGAAACAACGAAAAUUUGAUUCCGAGUGUCAGGUUUUGCAGGAUGGCGCCCGACAAGAACGACAGGCUAAAGAACGCUUAUCACGUGAAAAGGAUAUAUUGAUAGCGGAGAAAUUCACCUUAGAGCAAUCAUUAGCGGACACUCGACUUGAGCUUGAUCUCAAGGAAGAGAAGUUGUCAUCAUUGCAACGUGAAUUAGAGGAAAUGACGUUUGGCGGCGGUACUGAAGAAGAGAUUGCUCAGUUGAGACGAUCCAAAAACGAAUUGGACAGACGAGUAAAAGAACAGGAAGAGGAACUGGAUGAGAUGGCUGGUCAAGUGCAACUGUUAGAACAAGCGAAACUGCGUUUAGAAAUGUCUUUGGAAACGAUGCGCAAGGAGGCUAGGCGCGAAGCUCAGCAACGCGACGAAGAAUUGGAGGAGGCACGUGGUAGUGCUUACAAGAAAAUUAAAGCCCUCGAAUGUCAACUAGAAGCAGAGCAUGAAGAACGAACGUUGCUUCUACGUGAAAAACACGAAUUGGAGCGACGUUUAUCAUCUAUGGAAGAUCAAGAUCGAGUUGAUCGGCAGGUGGAGGAAGCAGCUAAUCAGAAACUUAGGCGUGACUUGAGAAAACACAAAGCUUUGCUUAAAGAUGCUCAAGCUCAAUUGGAAAGACUGAAAGCUGACACUCCCGGUAAGGCUCUUAUACGGCAACUGCGCAAUCAACUAGAAGAUGCGGAAUCGGCACGUAUGCUGGCCAUGAAGACGCGACAAGCAACCGAAGUUGAACUAGCUGAGGUGCAAACCCUGUUUGAAGAGUCAAAUCGAGCUCGUAACGAAGCCGAAGACAAAGCAAAUACAGCCCAACGCGAUCGUGCCGAAUUACAGUCACAAAUCGAAGAAAAUGAAGAAGAAUUAGCUGAAUUAAUGAAGAAGUUCAGCGCAACUGUAAAGCAGCUGAACACUGAGCAGGUGGCGGUAUCAGAAUUUGAAUUCAAAAUCUCAGAAUUGGAAGCAGAACGCAAUAAUUUAAAAGAGCAGGUCAUGGAUUUGCAACAUCGUCUAGAAAAUAUUGAAAAUCUAGCAGAUCCGUCAGCGGCUAUGAUGUCAAAACGUCUUGAACUGCGUACCAAAGAACUAGAAUCACGUUUGGAGUUGGAACAGACAACUAGAACACGACUGGAAGUGCAAAUGAAUCGCCACAAAGAAGCCUUAGAAAGAUUACAAACUGAACUCUCCCAGUGCAAAGUACGAGAACUCCAAGCCCAAGACGCCCUUAAGAAGUCACAGAAAAGUUUCAGGGAGUUGCGUGAAGAAUAUCAAAUGGUUUCAGGCCGUGAACAGGAAUCCGUAACUAGGCGAAAAGAUCUAGAGAAGAAAAUUGAACAAUUUGAAAGUGAAUCAACAGCUUUACGCAACGAUUUACGAUUGGCUUUACAACGCAUAGCGGAUUUACAACAAGCAAUGGAAGAAUGUGACGACGAUGAUCUAAGCGAAAGUGAGGAGACGCCGAGCUCAGAGGCAUCGCUAAGUGACCUGGAAGAACGUUUAAAACCUCAUCAAAGUAAACGUUCUUCAGGACAAAAGCAAAACGGUAGUUCUGCUAGCAGUAACAGCACAGCCACCUUAAUACGAGAAAAAGUUGACAAUAAUCCCAGAAUCACCCUGACAUCACCUUCCUCAACACAAAUAAAUAAAAUGGCGGCUUUUGCCGACAAACAUUCAACCGUAGUUAAUGAAACAAAGAAAGCCUUCAGACCGACGGUCAAUGAACCUAUAAGCAAUGGCGAUGUUUCAUACGCCUGAAUAUGGACCAUCAUUGAAUUUAUAUCUCGGAUCGAUCGUAACAUAUUGGUUGUAUUUUUAAAACGCGGCACAAUGCUUUAUUGGCUUUUAAAAACCAUUAUAAUGAUGCAAUUGAAAAGAAACAAAUCUAUAUGGAGAAAUUAAUGUGUAAUAUGGGAAAAAGCUGAAACCUUCUUUUUCUACGACGUUUUUCUAAGACAUAGCUAAGAGAAAAGUGAAAAGUAUAAACGAAUGCAAACAAUCGAUUUACAUACACAUUUGCAUACUAAUAAAACGUAACUUAUCGUUACAAUUUCAUUACAUAAAUUAACAUAAUAUACACACGCACAUAUAUGUAUAUAUGUGCGUAUAAAUAUGGGAAUAUAUUUAUAUAUCAUUUUAGAAAAAGCAUCGAAACGUAUUCUCAUAUGCCUAUAUUAAAUAAAUCAAGACUUAACAAGGAAGCGUAUGUAACGCUUUAAACCAUAUUUUCAUUUCGGCUGUAAACUUUAAGCAGUCAUUAUUGAUUUUAUACUUUUUAUUAAUUUUUUCGUUUAUAUAAUAUAUGCAAUUUAUUGAAAUCAGUUUUUUGUAAUAAGAAAUGGCCAAGUUUGUUAUUAAAUAAUUUAUUUAUUAUAUUGUAACUCAAUACUGUAUAUUUAACUAUGAAAAGCAUAUCUAGUUUUUUUUUUUAAAUAUUUUUCUUUUUAGUUAAUACCAUAAUUUUUUUUUUAUUAGAAUUGUUUUUAUU